AUGUCUCGAUACGAAACAUCCUCGAAGAAGACGCCUUGCGUUGUAUACUCCUUCGGCGUACAGAACGAGUCUUCGUUCGAAGAGGAAGUCCUGAAGAGAACAAGCUGUGAUGUCUUUGGUCUGGACUUUUCUGUCGAUGAGUUUUCUCCUCAGGUGCAACAACUUCCCCGAGACAUGCGAGAACGAGCACAUUUUCUUCGAGCUGGAAUCAGUGGCGUGUCGGAUUUGAGCGCGAACCCGCCAUUCUACAAUAUUCAUGACUUGAUGGAGAUGAAUGGACAUGAUUACGUGGAUAUCUUGAAGAUGGAUAUUGAAGGAUUCGAAUUCGAUGCUCUGCAAAGUUUGGUGCGCGAAUACGCUGGACAGGCUUUACCCAUCGGACAGCUACAAGUUGAGAUCCACCUAAACGAGCAUAUCGAUGGUUUGCCGAGCUUCUUGAAGUGGUGGGAAAGUCUAGAGAAGGGUGGUUUGCGUCCUGUGUGGACUGAGCCAAAUCUGCUGCAGAUCACUAUGAAAUUAGCUGAUGCGAUGCCGCGGUAUGCUGAGUACACUUUCAUCAAUGCAAAGAAUCGGCGUAAUAUACUUCUGACCGAUUGA